AUGGGCCUGGAGCUUUACCUGGACCUGCUGUCCCAGCCCUGCCGCGCCGUCUACAUCUUCGCCAAGAACAGCAUUCCCUUCGAGCUGCAACCGGUGGACCUGCUCAAAAGCCAGCACCUCAGUGAUGCCUUUGCCCAGGUGAACCCCCUGAAGAAGGUGCCUGCUUUGAAGGAUGGAAACUUCACCUUGGCUGAGAGCGUGGCCAUCCUGCUCUACCUGACCCACAAGUAUAAAGUCCCCAACCUGUACCCCCAGGAUGUACAGGCCUGUGCCCUUGGGGAUGAGUACCUGGCAUGGCAGCACACAGCCCUGCGGAGAAGCUGCCUCCGGGCCCUGUGGCAUUAGGUGAUGUUCCCUGUUUUCCUAGGUGAGCCAGUAUCUCCUGAGAUGUUGGCAGCCACGCCAGCUGAAUUGGAUGUGACCGUGCAGUUGCUUGAGGACAGGUUCCUCCAGAACAAGGCCUUUCUCACCGGGCCCCACAUCUCGCUGGCUGAUCUGGUAGCCAUCACAGAGCUGAUGCAUCCUGUGGGUGCUGGCUGCCAAGUCUUCGAAGGUCGACCCAGGUUGGCGGCAUGGCGCCAGCGUGUGGAGGCAGCAGUGGGGAAGGAUCUCUUCCGGGAGGCCCAUGAGGUCAUCCUGAAGGCCAAGGACUCUCCACCUGCAGACCCCACCAUAAAGCAGAAGCUGAUGCCUCUGGUGCUGGCCAUGAUCUGGUGAGCCGGGAAGCCCAGUCCCCGUGCUUGACCGUGGCAGUUCACAAAGCACCUUCAUUUCCACUGUCCCAUGGGAGGCAGGUUCAGAGGAGUAGUGAUUUGCCUGGUCAGUCCCACUGCACCUGUGCUCCCAGGUCAGGUCCUUACACCUGUACCAUCUUGCACAGCUGCUUAAAAGCCACAAUGAGAACGGAAUAGCCCGCUCUUAUCUCCUUUAAUCACUGCAUCUCGUUUUCAGUUUGGGAAAUAAACCUGGGCUAAGCCUGAGCCUACAC